CCCGAGGGGCUGCCCCGGAUAAAAGCUCGGCAGGCAGGCGGCCAGCCUGAGCCCCGCGCUGGUGGGCGGUGGCUCCGCAAUGUCACUCGUGCUGCUGAGCCUGGCCGCGCUGUGCAGGACCGUCUUGCCUGGAGAGCCGACUGUUCAGUGUGGCUCUGAAACCGGGCCAUCUCCAGAAUGGCUGGUCCAGCAUCCUCUGACCCCAGGAGACUUAAGGGAACUCCGAGUGGAACUUGUUAAAACCAGGGCUGCAACAGAGGACUAUUCAGUUCUGAUGAACAUAAGCUGGGUACUCCGGGCAGAUGCCAGCAUCCGCUUGUUGAAGGCCACCAAGAUCUGUGUGACAGGCAAAAGCAACUUUCAGUGGUACAGCUGUGUGAGGUGCAACUACACAGAGGCCUUCCAGUGGCAGACCAGACCCUCGGGUGGGAAAUGGACGUUCUCCUACGUGGGCUUUCCUGUGGCACUGAGCACACUCUAUUUCAUCGGGGCCCACAAUAUCCCCAAUGCAAACAUGAAUGAGGACAGCCCUUCUUUGUCUGUGAACUUCACCUCACCAGGCUGCCUAGACCACAUAAUGAAAUACAAGAAAAAGUGCCUCGAGGCAGGAAGUCUGUGGGAUCCCAACAUCACUGCUUGUAAGAAGAAUGAGAGGAUGGUCGAAGUGAAUUUUACAACCAGCCCCCUUGGAAACAGAUACAUGGUUCUUAUCCAACAUGACAUUAUAAUUGGGUUUUCUAAGGUGCCAGAGAACAAACUAACAAGAACUUCUGUAGUCAUUCUGGUGACGGGGGAAAGUGAAGGUGCUACGGUUCAGUUGAUUCCAUAUUUCCAUUCGUGUGGCAAUGACUGCAUCCGACGCAAAGGAACUGUGGUGCUUUGCCCACAGACAGGUGUCCCCUUCCCUCCAAAUACAAACAGAAGCAUGCUGGGAGGCUGGCUAGCUCUCCUUUCACUGCUAGUGGUCUCGUGGAUGCUGGCAGUUGGGAUCUACCUAAUAUGGAGACGUGAAAGGAUCAAGGAAGCUUCCUUUCCCACCACCACGCUACUGCCCCUCAUUAAGGUUCUUGUGGUUUACCCACCUGAAGUAUGUUUCCAUCACACAGUUUGUUACUUCACUGAAUUUCUUCAAAACCAUUGCAGAAGCGAGGUCAUCCUUGAACAGUGGCAGAAAAAGAAAAUAGCUGAGAUGGGUCCAGUGCAGUGGCUUACCACUCAGAAGAAAGCAGCAGAUAAAGUGAUCUUCCUCCUUUCCAACAAUGUCAGUACUGUGUGUGAUGGUCCCUGCGGCCAGAGCGGGGGCAGCCCCAGGGGGAACUCUCAAGACCUGUUCCCCCUUGCCUUUCACCUUUUCUGUAGUGAUCUCAGCAGCCAGACUCAUCUGCACAAAUACAUAGUGGUCUACUUCAGAGGGGCGGAGCCCAAGGAUGAUUACAACGCUCUCCACAUCUGCCCCAAGUACCGCCUCAUGAAGGAAGCCACUGCUCUCUGCACUCAACUCCACGUCAGGCAGCACAUGUCACCGGGGAAACAGUCACGAGCCUGCCACAGCAGCUGCUCUGCCUCACAGCCUACCCAGGAGAAGAGGGAGGACUCAGAGCCUUAUAACCCAGCAAUUCCAGGGGAAAAAUCUUGGUGACAGUCCUCAAGUUUACCAUAUAGGCUGCUUGCAGGGAUGAUCCUAAGUGAACAGAUAUGCCUCAGGAUACCGAUGAAAAAUGUUCUCCUGGGCCAGGGAUUUAGCUCAGUGGUUCCGCCGCCUGCCUCGCAAGCUCAAGGACCGGAGUUCAAUCUCCGGUACCAAAAAAAUAAAAAGUUCUUAAGUUGAAAGUUG